CACAACCGCAGACAGUGUUGUUUUAUCUUCUUGAGUAGCAAAACGGGAUAGGAACCCUAGAGACACUCCUAGGGCAGCGGCGGGUGGGGCGGGGCGCGGCGCGGCACCAUGAUCGGGCUCCGGGGAGGCCCGCAAGCGACCAGCUCCGUCUACGUCUGUAACCUGCCUGCCGGGACCGAUGAGGCGCUGCUGGCAGAGCACUUUGGACAGAUUGGGGUCAUCAAGCGGUGCGUGCAGAAGGACAAGCGGCACGGACGGCCCAAGAUCUGGAUAUACCGUGACAAGGCCAGCAAUGAACCCAAGGGGGAUGCCACUGUCACUUACGAAGAUCCACAUGCUGCCUCGGCCGCCGUAGAAUGGUUUGACAACAAGGAGUUCCACGGCAACUUGAUUCGAGUUUCCAUUGCCGAGUCCAAGGCGAGAGACGCAGCCACUGAGCAGCAACUCCUGGUGCUUGCGGAGCCCACUCUUCCACUCCCACUGCCGCCUGCCGCCCCAGAGGUGGGUGACGGGCUUGGUGGCGCUGGCGAGCUCGCGUCCGAUGCGGCGGCUGAUGGUGGCAGAGGACGUGGACGUGGUGGUGACGCCGCUGCGAGCGCCAAAUGCUGGCAACAGGAAGGGGAUUGGCCAUGUCCAAAUCCAAGUUGUGGGAACAUAAACUUUGCGUUUCGAGGCUCCUGCAACCGCUGUGGCGCAUCACGGCCAUCGAGUGGGAGUGGAGGGGGUGGAGGUGGGCGUGGCAGAGGACGUGGUGCCGACUCCGCCGGCCGUGGUGGACGCGGCAGUAUUUUCGGCCCAAAUGACUGGAGUUGCCCAAUGUGUGGAAAUACCAACUGGGCCAAACGGACCAAGUGCAACAUUUGUAACACGACCAAGCCAGGCCACACGGAAGGUGGUGUCCGGGAAGGGCGCGCGGGUGGCUACAAAGAGUUCGAUGAAGCCGAAAUUGAAGAGACGAAACGCCGGCGAAAAGAGUUGGAGGAGGAUGACGGUGAAAUGUACGACGAGUUUGGCAACCUCAAGAAAAAGUUUCGCCUCAAGUCUAAACAAGGUGAAGCUCCAGGUCAGUCGUUAGGUACCGUUGGCUGGGACAAAGAAGAUCUAGGGUACGUAGAGAUUCGAAGGGACAAACGCAACAAAGAAGAUCACAAUGGCGCUCGCAGCAGUGACGAGGGUCAACGUAGAAGUUACCGAGAAAGGUAUGACAGUGAUAGGUACAAAGAGAGGGAUUACCGUGAGCGCAAUAGAGGCAAAGAUCAGGUGAGAGAGAGACGUGGAAAAUAGAUAUUAUUAAUUUUACAAUGAGGUUCUUAUCGUUUAA